AACGCCUUGGACAUCUCGAAGAAGAGUGCAAACCUCCUUCUAUCAAGACAUGUAUAAACAUAAUUAAGAAGAGAGUGAUGUGCGUUAACCUGUCCGAGCAGAAACCAUUUCGGAAAUCGCCUAACCUGAACAUCAAGCAAAGUACACCAUCCAUGAGACAAAUGACAGCAUUUCUAGUGAACAUAAUCGUGUUGUUACUCAUCGUUGGUCUAGUCGGCCCAUCAUCAUCAUCGCUGAGCGACAACAGAGCAACAGAAUUCGUUGGAAUAAUCGAUAGUCACGCUUGACAGCGGCAGCGUCAGCGGCAAAGGCGGCAAACCUGACGUGGUCUUUCCAAACCGGCAGCCAAUGUUCGUGUGGAGUUGCCUUCAAACAAUUUUCAUGUCCGGGAGUAUCGGAAGUUGUAAAGUGUGUCGAGCCGGAACAGCGUCCGUUAGCCGCCGGAAUCUCCUCUUCUGCCCCGAGCCAGAGCCGGUCAGAGUCCAGGACGAAAGUUGGCCGUCGUCUUAG